AAGCAGUAGAGCAAAACGAUUGCGAGAUUGAACACCCUUCUCUCUCUUUCUCUCUCUCUCUCUUGGUGUAUGCAAUCUUCGUUUGGAAUUAAGACAGAUCUGAAUCAAUGGCUACACCGGAUCACUUGUUCAACCUUCGUAACAACUUCUACCUCGGUGCGUAUCAAGCCGCCAUAAACAGCAGCGACGUCAACAAUCUAUCUCAAGACGACAUCGUAGAGCGUGACACCUUCGUCCACCGCUGUUACAUCGCUCUCGGUCAGUUACAGUUCGUCAUCUCCGAGAUCCACGACUCCGCUCCCACACCUCUCCAAGCCGUCAAGCUUUUCGCACUCUAUUUCUCCUCUCCCGACAACAAGGAUUCCACCAUUUCCUCUCUCAAGGAGUAUCUCGCCGAUCCUGCCAUUGGAAACAACGCCACGUUGAGGUUGAUCGCCGGUCUCGUUUUCUUCCACGAAAACGACUUCAACGAAGCACUCAAAUACACUAAUGCUGGAGGAACCAUGGAACUGCACGCUUUGAACGUGCAGAUCUUCAUUAAGAUGCAUAGGUCUGAUUACGCCGAGAGACAGCUUCGGAUCAUGCAGCAGACUGAUGAGGAUCACACACUCACUCAACUCGCCAAUGCUUGGCUUGAUUUGGCUGUGGGUGGGUCGAAGAUUCAGGAAGCGAAUUUGAUCUUUCAAGAUUUGUCGGAGAGGUAUCAAUCUACGAGUUUGCUCUUGAAUGGGAAGGCUGUGUGCUGUAUGCACAUGGGAAACUUCGACGAAGCUGAGACACUUUUGGUGGAAGCGCUAAACAAGGAUGCCAGGGAUCCAGAAACUCUAGCCAAUUUAGUUGUAUGCUGUCUUCACCUUGGCAAACCAUCUUCUAAGUCAUUCAGCCAACUGAAACUUGCUCACCCUGAACAUGUGCUGGUCAAACGGGUAUCAGCCGCAGAAGAAAGUUUUGAUAGAGCGCUACAGUCAUUUUCUUCAUGAGUGGAUGAUUCAAUUUCUUUCAGGAGUCGAAUGAAGUGAGGAAUUCCCAUGCAAUUUUUACACCUUAUCGUGGCUAUUGUAUUGGUUGCGUAUCUUAGAACAUAAUUGGAAUGUUUCAUAGGAUUCGAAUUUAUGAGAAUGUUUGGUUUACUUGAGUCUUGAUGUUGUAAAAGCUACAUCUGAUAUUAACUUUUACGCAAGUUCAUUUAUAUCGUAUAUUUUACAAGAAAAGCAAGAAAUCCCGACUUUGUAGAUAGAUAGGCAAAUCUAUUAAAGUUUUAUCUUCUC